AUUAUAGCAAGCAGAUAAAGUAAUUUUAUGUAUAUUUAUGAAUGCGUUUAUACAACCGCGUUGGUCAGAUAAACUAUUUGUUAAAAGUUUUAGUCAGCGCACCUUCACAUGGGGAGAUAUGAAAGUGAUCUUUUGAAUAGGUACAAACAGCAACUCUUAUUUUCGUAUACCGAAUUUGAGAAUGUUGCUUUUUACGGCUAUAUUUGCACUAGGCCAAUAUAGAAGAAUUGCAAAAUCGUCGCCCCACCGAACUGACGUGAAAUCGGAUGCAAACACCACGUUUCCUAGUCAAGUGAACACCAUUCAGACGGCGCUGGUGAGCAGCGCGGGAAAUACUGUUUGAGUGAAGAAGGCGAUCUUUUAUAUUAGGUAAACAGAACUCACGCAUGCGCAUUACGUCCGAUCAUCACCGCCUUUUUCUUUGUUCUUUCGAUCUGUCUGCGCGGACGUGUUCUUUCGAUUUUCCUCGUGACACUGUAAAGAUGUCGUGUUUAACCAAAUGUCCGUUUAUUUUGUUUCACUAACAACAUGUGAGUCUGUACGCGAAGCUCUGAUUACUCUGGAUGGAGGUUCAACGGCUGCCGAUGGGUUCGUUUUGUGCUGGAUUUUAUUGGAUAAAAGAUACAAUAGUCUACCGCAAUUUAAAUGAACAUUACACCAUCUGAUCAAAAUGCAGCAAGAUGAUUAUUCGGCUGAUAAGUCUGGAAGAUAUGUUCCAGAUGCCAUGCAAGGUCAACAGUUUUCAAUAUCAAACACGGAUGCAAAUGCUCCAGUAUCUCUCAGUGGGGUGCAACAACCACAAAUGAAUCUAUUUGGAACUGAAAAUACCACUCAACCACCACCAUACCGGGCCGCUCAUCCAUCUCCUCUCCCAAGUAUGACUCCUACGUUCUCUCAACAUAUACAGCCUCAAUAUACAGAAAAUCCUCUACAGUCCCAAUUUUCUUAUAGAACUCCACAGUCCUCUUAUCAAUCUCAGUCUUACAAUGUAGGUGUAUCUCCUGGUCAGAUACAGACUGUUUUUGAUUCACAACUAUCAAAUCCCAUUGCACUGAGUCCUGGAAGUCAGAUGUCUGUACCUCAAGGAAUGAGAGCUGUGUCACCAAGCCAACCAGCAAUCCCACGUAAAUCUAUAGCAGGUAUGAUGUCUCCUAUCAGAGCACAGGGCCAACCAAUGCCACCACCGACUUCACCGGCUGCUUUACUGGCAAGUAGGAUGCAAGGGCCAAUGUCACCACUUUCGGUAUAUAUGUCGACAGCCCAGUCACCACAAAGAAGAUCCCAACCUGUUGUAUUACAUGCGCAAAAUAUGGUGUCUGGCCAGUAUCUUCCCUCAAGUCCAGUUUAUCAACAUCCAUCAGCAUAUUCCUACAGCCCGCAGCAGGUCCAGACAUGUCAAUUCAGCCCUCAAUCUUCACCUGUUGCAACUAGCCCAAGGUAUGUUGACCCGACUCAGCAUAAACAGAUGUCUCCACUUCUAGCUACACGUGCUCAGCUACAUAGCCCGCAGUCGACUCAUCCUGGUAUCGUUCAAGUACCACGAUCUCCAUUCAAGGCAGCGAGGCAAUUGAGCAUGGGGGUUUCACCUAAUAAAGUCCAGCCUGUCAAUACACAAUGGCAUCAGCAUCCACAAAGCACCCGAACGACUUCGCAGGAGAUGUGGGACAAUGUUUCAGCUCCUGUGUUACCAUCAUUACCUGUUCUUUCCGCUGAUACAUUGGAUUUGCUAUCAACACUAACUGUAUCCACAGUCUCUGCUCCUGUGCAAUCAUCUACAAUUUCAACAGUUUCUGAUACUCAUGUACAGCAGUCUCCUCUACUUCAAAAACAUUUGCUGAUGCCUGUGAAACCAAUUGUGCCACCAACAAACAGCAAUCUAUUGGUGGUUUCAGAUUCAGGAAAGACUGCCACAACUUCUUUGACUGGGACAUCUUCAAGUCAGCCGAAACCCUAUAAGGUUGAAGCACCUCCAUCCAGAAGUAAUCUAAAGCAUAGCGAUAGACCAACAUUAUUAAUUAAACGUUCUACGGAGGAAAAUCUAAUUAACUCUGAUAAAAAUAUUGUAUCGUUGGUAACAACGACUUGUACAGACUCUUCUGCUUCUACUUUUUCUAGUUCUAACAUUGUGACUUCUAGUGUACAUAAAGAAAAUAUUGAUAUAUCUCCUGUUGACCUUCCGUCUACUGAUCCUGUUUCAUCAAUUGUGAUGGAAAAUAAAUCAAACAUGGCUGCAUCGGCUGGUGGCACUACUGUGUCACAGUCUGUAUCGGUCAGCGUUAUGCCAUUGAGCACUGUUCCAAAAAAUGUUCUUGUAGACGACAAACAUUCUCGUAAUUCACUUACGAGUGCUUCUGCAAGUCCAUUACCACAGGUCCCACAAGAUAUACUUGAAAAACGUGCAAAGCUUUGUGAAAUUCACAAAGCUAAACUAAAAGAAAAAUUAGAAUUGUAUAAAGAGUGCUUGACAGAGCUCUUUUUCUUACAAAAUGGUGGAAACUGCAUGGACUUCAUUCAAUUCAAAAAGCGACCAUCUGCAAAAUUAUUGGAGUAUCUCAAAAAAAUGAUGCCCGAUGGUCAGCAUGUGCGUCGUAAAUCUCGUAAAAUUUCGCAAGAGUCUACAGUGAGCAACAACAGUGAAAUAGCACCAACAUCUCCGGCCUCUACUCUUUCUAAUGCAAGUUCCAGAAAAAUUUCUUCAGAUGAUGGCAAAAAAACGAAGUUAAAGUUACCUGAAAACGGUGCAGAUAAUGUAUUGAAAUCUGUGCAGCUUCCUGGCAAUGAAAGAUCGAUCAGUAGGAAAAGGAGCACCUCUCAAGAUAAAAUCAUUGUGUCGAGUCCAGCGGUCGUAACUGUAACAAAAUCUGUGAUGUCUACCCAAGUACAUGGCAAUCAAAUCUCCACAUCUAAGGGACAGUCAUCUCCGCUCAGAUUGAAAAGGCUGUCUAGACAAAACGCUUCAACUCCCCUUGAUGAGAGCAUUGGUUCUCAAGAGGAAAUAUUGGAGAGAGCAAAACAAGAGGCAGUUAUUCAAAGGAAGGUUGUUGAGUUACGAAAGCAAGGUCUUUGGACACAAAGGAGAUUGCCGAAAGUGCAAGAGCCUCCUCGGAAUAAGACCCAUUGGGAUUAUCUUCUCGAGGAAAUGAGAUGGUUGGCAGCAGAUUUUGCACAAGAGCGAAAGUGGAAACGGGCAGCAGCGAGAAAACUCGUUCGAACCGUUGCUGCUUAUCAUAAGGAACAGCAUGACAAAGUAAGAAGAGCAGAAAAAGAAGAGCAAAAUCGUCUACGAAGAAUCGCUUCUACUAUGGCUCGUGAGAUCCGAACAUUCUGGGGAAGCAUUGGCAAGGUUGUUGAGUACAAACAGCGGUCGUUGCUUGACGAGAAACGACAGAAAGCUCUUGACCUUCACCUGAGUUAUAUCGUUGAUCAAACUGAAAAGUACUCUGAUUGGUUGAGUCAAGGUUUAAAUAAAACUUCUGCAGGUUCAAGUCCAAGAUCUCUCACAAGUUCAAAGCCGGGAAGUGAUGAUGAAUUUCUACCUCAAGGUGAGUCGAGUGAUGAUGAGGAGACCAUUGCUGUUGCUGAGGAAGAAUUGGAAAAGAUUGAUGACACUGAAGAUGAAUUAUCUCUGUUAAAAAAAGAAAGCGAGCUUCCCUUCAAUGAGUUACUCAGUUCUUUGCCGGCUGAAGUUAUUGAAAACAUUGGUAAACCAUUGGAGGAAUCCGUGGAUGAGAAAUCUGAUGCAGUGGAGGGCGAAGAGGAUAACAAAGGUGAAUCAUCACAAAUUAAAACAGAAGAGCCGACAGAGUCUGAAAAAGAGGCUGAGGGGAGCGAUGGAGAAGAUUCCACAAGUUCAAAACCUACACCUAUAUCUUUGAGAAGGUCAGCCAGGAAGAGAAAGGUUGACUCAACCAACGCAUCUAAAAAAGAUGAAGCUGACCCUUCGAAGAGGCAAAGGAUUGAGCAUGAUUCACAAGGUGGUGAUGAAGAGUUCAGUGUGGACCAAGAAUCUGGGGAAGACGAUGAGGCAACUGUAGAAGAAGAAGAGAAAAGCGGAGAGGUUGAUCACAAAAAGGAGAUCGAGGACUUGCAGGCGGAAGGAGAAAUGCCUAUUGAAGAAUUGAUGAAGUUAUACGGAGCAGCGUUUGAUCAGGAUCCAGAUGUGGAGGUAGAAAGACAACAGUCUGAAGAUGAGGAGGAAGUUGAUGAAUCUGAAGAUGAUAAAGAUGUUCAGAUGGAAAAGGAAGAAAGUGAAACUGAAGCUUCUGAUGAAGAUAUUGAAGAUGAUAAACAAGAUGAAGAGGAAAUUGGAAUGGAUUAUUUAUUCAAAGCUGAUCUAACUAAAGAUGACAAUAUUCCCAUGAUUGUUCCGUCAGAUACCUCAGCACAAAAAGAUGACAAAAAACCUGAAGGAGAGUCGAGUCCGAGCAAAGAAAUUACAGAUGUUGCCGCAGAGGCUGCUAGUUUACAACCUACUGGCUUUACAUUAGCAACAACUCAGGUUGUCACACCCAUACCUGUUCUUCUGAAACACACAUUGCGAGAGUACCAGCAUAUUGGUUUGGAUUGGUUGGUAACCAUGUAUGACAAACGGCUCAACGGAAUUCUUGCAGAUGAGAUGGGCUUGGGGAAAACUAUACAGACUAUAGCAUUGCUGGCGCAUUUGGCUUGUGAAAAAGGUGUUUGGGGUCCUCAUCUUAUAGUCGUUCCUACCAGUGUCAUGCUCAACUGGGAAAUGGAAUUCAAGAAAUGGUGUCCUGGUUUCAAGAUACUGACUUAUUAUGGAUCACAGAAAGAAAGAAAAGCGAAAAGAACUGGUUGGACAAAAAGUAAUGCGUUCCACGUUUGUAUAACUUCGUAUAAACUGGUUCUUCAAGAUAAUGUUAGCUUCAGAAGAAAGAAAUGGAAAUAUUUGGUCCUUGAUGAGGCUCAAAACAUUAAAAAUUUCAAGUCUCAACGAUGGCAAACUCUGCUUAAUUUCAAUUCACAAAGACGAUUGCUUCUCACUGGGACACCAUUACAAAACAAUUUGAUGGAACUGUGGUCUCUCAUGCACUUUCUUAUGCCUCAUGUUUUCCAGUCUCAUAAGGAGUUCAAGGAAUGGUUUUCGAAUCCCCUCACUGGAAUGAUUGAAGGAAGUCAGGAAUAUAAUGAAAAAUUAGUCAGAAGACUCCAUAAAGUUCUCAGGCCAUUUUUACUAAGAAGAAUUAAGAAAGACGUCGAAAAACAAAUGCCAAACAAAUAUGAGCAUGUUGUUAGAUGUCAUUUGUCAAAACGACAAAGGUUUUUGUAUGAGGACUUCAUGUCUCGGGCGAGUACAAAGGACACUUUGGAUUCUGGUCAUUUCAUGAGCGUCAUCAACAUCUUGAUGCAACUCCGAAAAGUUUGCAAUCAUCCCAAUUUGUUCGAGCCUCGUUCGAUCGUCUCACCUUUUACAUUCGAUCGCAUAGUGUUUUACGCGCCUUCACUCGCCACUAAAGUUUUUGAAAAAAGUCCCUUUGAGACAUUGAAUCUUGAGGAUUAUCAUCUGCAUCUACCUUCACUCACCAAUAUUCAUCAAUAUAAUGCGGAGAGGAUGAGAGAAUUAAAGACACCGAGGAAAUUAAUCGAAGAGUUGACAACAGAUCGUGUGCAGGGAGAAAGUGAAAAACCCCAAAGAUCUAAAUCACAAGUGAUUCGCGAACAGUUGAGUCAACUUUUGAAGGAAAGAGAGAAACUGAAGAAUUCCACUGUUGUACUAAACCAACAGACUGGCAGCACUCUUCCUGUUCUUACUAUACCAAUCUCAAGUAGUGGUGGAACUACAAUCUUCCCUUCAAGAGUAAUUACAAUUCCACAGUCUAAUUCCGAAGAUGCUGCUGGUACAAAGACUUCAUCCACACAAUCUAUUACUCUUCAGUAUCAAACUCCACAGGGCACUAGGGUGACAAUACCAAACAAACAGAUACGACAGUUGCCAGGUGGUGUUGUCCAGAUAAUGACUUCCGGAUCAACGAAGUCUGUUUCAGGACAGACAGUACCCACACAAGGAGCUCUACGUGUGCCAGCAAAUAGUCGAGGUCUUCAGAACGGUUCUUCAGACAUAGAAAAAGGGCAGUUGAUGGAAAUUGAUGAACAAAGGAAAGAUGGUGAUUCGAAGCAAGCCUCAGAAAACGAAUUUCUGGAAUUGAAAGAUCCAACGACAUAUGCAGAUCGUCUUCAUCAAAUUUUAAUCGAAGAAAGACGUCAGAGAUGCAUCAAAAUGGCAAAUGUGAAUGAGAAAAAAUGUGAAGCCAAUCCAGAUUGGUUGCCACGAGGCACUAUCGACUAUCUGAAAGAUAUUUUCAAACUCCCUUACAUGCAAUCCAGGAACACCAUUCGAUUAAAAAGUGACGUGAUGGAUGAGUUUAUUAAAUCCAAUUCAACGGUUUUAAAAGAAAUCAAGCCUGUUACAGACAGGUUUGUAUUUGCCAUAUCAAAGGCUUUAGCCAAGAGGAUAGACUUUCACGUUUCACACCCAUCACCUUCACUACAUCUCAAAGAAAUGACCGGGCUGGAAAAUCUUGAAUUCUACCUGAAAAAAGAAGUUCAACCUUUCCAUCGCAUUCAUCAAGCGACCAAAAUUCAGUUUCCAGAAGCCAGAUUGAUUCAAUAUGAUUGUGGAAAGUUACAAAUCCUAGAUGUUUUGUUGAGAAGAUUUUGGACUGAAAAACAUAAAUGUUUAAUAUUUACACAAAUGACUAAAGUGCUCGAUAUUUUGGAAGCUUUUUUGAGUUACCACGGUUAUCGCUAUCUUCGACUCGACGGGUCAACAAAAGUUGAACAAAGAAUGUUACUGAUGGAGAGGUUCAACAAUGAUCCGAGGAUAUUUUGCUUCAUCUUAUCCACUCGUAGCGGAGGUAUCGGUGUGAACCUAACUGGCGCAGACACUGUUAUAUUUUAUGACAGUGAUUGGAAUCCAACAAUGGACGCCCAAGCUCAGGACAGGUGUCACCGUAUCGGACAGACCAGAGAUGUUCACAUUUAUCGUCUCAUUAGUGAGCGAACUGUAGAAGAAAAUAUUUUGAAAAAAGCGAACCAGAAACGCCUUCUCGGUGAUUUGGCAAUUGAAGGGGGAAGCUUUACGACUGCUUUCUUCAAGGAGCAAGCCAUCAAGGAUCUUUUCAAUGAACCAUCUGGUCUGGAAGAUCUUCCCUCGGCUUUCGUAAAAGAUGAAAAACAAACUACGGAGAAGCCACCACUGCAAGUACUUGCAAGACCGAUCACAGCCAGGCAAAAAGCUAUAGCUGCAGCAAAAGAAGCUGAAGCAAAGGCUGGAAUUGAUGUUAACGAGGAAGAAUCACCUAUUGAAAAGCCUGUGAGCCAAUCGCAAGAUCCGAAUGUGCAAGCAAGUAGUUGGGAGGAUGCGCUUCAACAAACUGAAGACAAAGAAGAUGUUGAUGCUGCCAAACAACUGAAGGAAGAACAGGAUGCUGACAUGGAAGAAUUUACUGAGAAUGCAGAAGGAGAGGAGGGCGAAGUUUCAAGAGUGCAAGAAGAGAUGAAAUCGUUGUAUGAAGAACUCACUCCUGUUGAAAAAUACGCCCUCAGGUAUCUUGAAGAAACGACAGAAGAGAUGAACAAGGAAGAGCUGGAACUUGCGGAGGAGCAAGUUCAUAGGUCGAAGCAGGACUGGGAGAUCACUCACCUGAUGGCACUCAAGGAAGAGGAAGAAAGAAGAUUGGAAGAGGAAGAAGACGAGAUCUUCUACACGAGGGAUGAUGCAGAGAAUCAGGUUUACAUCGAUGAUGUCACUGGAGAGAUUAUGCCGGUUUGGUUUCCUCCGACACCACCCCAAGAUGACAAUGAUAUCUAUUUCGACCCUGUGUCGUGUUUAUUAUAUCUCCCGACUCCAAUGUCUGAAGAUCAACUUCCAACUAUUCAUGUCAAGAAGGAAAGAAAGCGAACAAAACCAGAAUCGGAAAGUCCAGGAGGAGCACCAGGCCCAAAGAAGAAAAUUUUUCGAUCUGAAUGUCACGCACCUCGUUCCAUAUUUGAUCGACCGUUAUCACAGCUCAAAAAGAGGGAGAUUAAAGCUAAUAAAGAUAGAUUGCUACAUCUAAAGAAACCAUCUUCUACGGCUAACACAAUACUACCACAUGUAAAAGCUCUUACUGUACCUGCAUUGCCCUCAUUACCAGUCACAUCUUUACCUGAUAAAGAAAAUAUCACAACACAGAAAGACCAAACAGAGACAAGUACUUCAAGCACUUCUGCUGCAGCGACAGUUACAGAUUCAACCAAUAAAAAUCCUGAAUGGCUCAUUAAUGAAGAUUGGAAACUUUUGCAAGCUGUUGAACAAGUGUUGGAAAUGCCGUUGUCCUUAGCAGUGCUGAUGCCGGCACAUACUCCUAACUGGGAUCUUGUUGCUGACGUAGUUAAUUCUAUCGCGUCCGUUUAUCGAUCGCCUAAAAUGUGCAAACAAAGAUUUGAAAAUGUCAUCGCUCCGAGAGAAGAAGGCAUAUCCGCAGCUGAAGUGUCAAUGAAAAAGAAAAUAAAAGGGAUUAAAACUCCAGGAAAACCGAAGAUGAAUAAACCACAGAGAACAACUAAUGUUCACUCAACAGAUAAUAAUCUGCAGCAUACGACUCUGUAUUCAAGCAGGUUUGAUGUUAUCAAAGAAACCUGUGGCAAGCGAACAAUGCCAAUGAAAUCAGCAGGAUCAGGACAAUUUCAACGAAACCCAAAACAUACUUCAAUAUUAAUGGAUAAUGGCAUCACAUAUGACAAACCACUGCCUCCUAUUAAGGUGGCGACACUUAGAGCAGACAGAAUUGCAAGGGAAAAGCAGGCUCUGGAAGUGGCGAAGCAACAACAACAAUUACAGUCGCAAGCAAUACAACAACACACAGCCAAUAUGUCACAAAUCAGUACAAGUCAGGUUUCAAAAUCAGCAGGCAUGACUACAUUGGGUGUAAGUCAGUUAACAGCAAUCCCGUUAUCAGGAGGUGCCAGCAACAUUAUUGUCAACUCCAGUACUCUUUCGGCACUAACUAAAAAGAUGAAUCAACAAUCUGCAAUGUCACAGUUUUCUGCUGCAAGUGCAAAAACAGCCAAGACCACAUUGAUAAAUACGGCUUUGCAUCAAACUUUGCUGCGAACUGCUGCAGGAAACGAACCAACACAAAAUUUACAGCAACAACAACAGAUACAGAUUCAACAACAAAAUCAAGUUGGAACAAUGGUGACAGUAGGAUUGUUGCAUCGAUUAUCAAACCAGUCGACUGUGACUUCAGUCGCAAGCUGUGCGUCAGGAAAUACAAUCACAUUAUCUUCAUUGACUAGACCGUCUAUAUCUGUGCCAGGGGGUGCCGUCAUACAACAAGGAUCUCAACUCACGAAGCAACUCACAAAACAACAGAAGCAGAGAUUACAACGAUUACAAGAACAAAUGGAACGAUUGCAACAUCAUAAACAACAGCAACAAAAGAAACAAAAUGUUAAAACUCAGAUCACCCCUCAAAAGUUCCAGCUCACUCCAGAAGCUAUGAAGAAAUUUCGACAACAGCAACAACAAUUGGAAAGUGGAAGCGUGAUUACUGUUGCGGGUAAACAGCGCAAGACAACUCCAAUCACGCAAAAAGAGCUCGAAUUACUGAUGAAAAACCCAGGAAUGAGGAGGCAAAUGCAACAACAGAAACAACAAACUGCUCAGGUGCAGAUUGCACCUGUCCAUGCCCAAGUACAAGCUCAACAAGUGCAAGAAGCCGCAGCACAACAAGCUGCACAACACAUUGUUACUUCGAAGCCGUUACCAAUAACUGUACCAGUGUCUAGUCUUGUUUCAGUUGCUGCAGUUAAUCUGGGAGGAAUGAACAUGUCUAUUGCUAGCACAAGUACCAGUGGUCAAGCUAAACCACUUAUUGUUACUGGACAACAGGUUCCAGUCAAUAUUCAGCAACAGAUAACAUUACAACGUCAAUACAUGAAACAGAAUCUACUCACUCAACAACAAUCUCAGUCACAGCAACAAGCAGUCAGGCAGGGUCAGGUUUUGGCUUCGAAAGUUGGUGUCAAACAAACGGUGUAUGCAAUGGUACCUGCACCUCCGUUAGUGACUCAAAAACAAAGAAGAGUGAAUGUAGCUGUGUCAUCUGCUGGGGCAACCAUGAUUGGACAACAGCAAGGUGGAACGCAGCAACCUGUUCAAUUGACCGUCACAAAACUACUUCAGUCACAGGCGAUGCCUGGUCAAUCGACUUCUCAGGUCAAACAACAAUUGGUCAAGCAAGGUGCUGACGGCAGCAGGUUCGAGGUUCAGCAGGUACGACAAUCACAAUUAGUUUCACAGCAGCAGCAGAUUGCAACUGCAACCAUUGUUCCAUCAUCACAUGUAGGACAACCUCAACGUUUGAUUUCGUCACAAAGAAAUUUAAGACAAAUUCAACAACUGGCUUCGAAUCAGCAACAGACGCAGAUGAUUUUAACACCAGCAUCAUCUGUUGUUUCCAAUUCUCAACAAUUCAUUCAGAGACAAAAUCCAAAUGUUGUUGCAUCAAUAUCGAUUGCUGCUCCAAGCAGUUCACAAUCUGCCUCACAACAACAAAUGACGCUAGCUUCACCAACGGUCCAGUCAGCAAGUUUAUCUCAACAGCUACAAAGUCUAUUGACACCACAAGUAUUGAGAGCACAAUCAUCACAAGCUGUGGUUUCAGUGCAUCAGUCGAUGAGGGUGUCUCAACCUCAACAUUUGGUUCUCUCUCAGGUUACACCACAACAACAACUAUCUGUUAGCCCCCAAACUCCUGGAAUGACAAUAACAUCACCUACCACCCCAACAACAAUGACCCUGGCGCCAUCGUUGGUUCAACUUCCAGCAUCCGCCGUAACCUCUGUUUCCGUAUCACAGUCCAUGUUGAACGUUCCUACUACAACGCGGCAACAGCCGGAAACAAGUGCAAGUGUUCAAUACAUUACAAGAUCUGCUCCUCAACAGUGAGAGUUGUCUGACACCGAUCUUUCCGAUAAAUAUGUAUGUUGGAAAGUGAUUAGACUGUGGUGGAUUUUGACCAAUUUGAGGAAUUAUUUUGGUUUUUGGAUACUUGUAUUCUGAAUAAACUUUUCCCAAUUUUAGUUCGUUUUUUCUUUUAUUGAUUGUCUUUUUUACUUUCAUGUGAAAUCUACCAUUCAAGGAAAUAGAAUUAUUCUGUUAUAUAUCAGUGAUAUCAUCCCAAUACCUGUUGGCUUUUGUGUUUUUCAUAAUAUAGAUGGAUUUGACUAAUUAUGAACUAUCGUUUAUCUUAUAUGCGGCCUAAUGAAUAUUAUUGAUUUUGCUUAAUUUUGUAGUACUCACUGAUCAUGGCCUUCUUUGAAAUAAAUAUAUAUCAUCUGUUAAA